CUCGUGGGGGGUAACUUGCACCAUGGCGUCGGGCUGCAAGAUUGGUCCGUCCAUCCUCAACAGCGAUCUGGCCAACUUGGGGGCCGAGUGCCUACGGAUGUUAGACUCGGGGGCCGACUACCUGCACCUGGAUGCACCCUGCUCUUCAGGGAGGUCAGUUUUUUGUAAGCAUUUUGUUCCCAACAUCACCUUUGGCCACCCUGUGGUGGAAAGCCUCCGAAAGCAGCUCGGCCAGGACCCUUUCUUUGACAUGCACAUGAUGGUCUCCAGGCCAGAACAAUGGGUAAAACCAAUGGCUGUAGCAGGAGCCAAUCAAUACACGUUCCAUCUGGAGGCCACUGAGAACCCAGGGGCUCUGAUCAAGGACAUUCGGGAGAAUGGGAUGAAGGUUGGCCUUGCCAUCAAACCUGGAACUACAGUUGAGUAUUUGGCACCGUGGGCUAAUCAGAUAGAUAUGGCCUUGGUUAUGACUGUAGAACCUGGGUUUGGAGGACAGAAGUUCAUGGAAGAUAUGAUGCCAAAGGUUCACUGGUUGAGGACGCAGUUCCCCUCUUUGGAUAUAGAGGUCGAUGGUGGAGUAGGUCCUGACACCAUUCAUAAGUGUGCAGAGGCGGGAGCUAACAUGAUUGUAUCUGGCAGUGCCAUUAUGAGGAGUGAAGACCCCAGAUCUGUGAUCAACCUCUUAAGGAAUGUUUGUUCAGAAGCUGCUCAGAAACGCUCUCUUGAUCGAUGAACCCACAAGGAUCCCAAAGUUUCUGCUCAUGGAACCUUUCUACUUGGGAAACAGGAAUAUUGACUUCCAAAUCAUAUCACAAUUGGCAGUGCUGCUUUACUGAGCUGUUCAUUUCCUUGAUUAAAACCUACUGUGCGUA